CCCUGUCUUGAGACGUAGGUUAUAUAAAGGGAGCGCGAAAAUGGAAUUUGCCUAAUUUACUGUAGUUUGGUUGAUUUUACUGGACACCUUUAUCAAUGGAGUUGUACGUUGCCGUUUUAUUGAUUGGGUUAAUUCAUUCUAGUUACGGGAUCGAAUGUGGGCUAACUAAAUCAGGGAUCAGCAAUUUCAUUGUUGGGGGUGUCGACGCAUCUGAAGGACAACUCCCAUGGCAGGUCGGAUUGCAAGUUAAAGCCAGCGGCAAUUCAUGGGCAAUGAUAUGUGGAGGAACACUUGUCACCGACGGUAAUGCUUUGAGGGUCAUCACUGCUGCCCAUUGUUUGAGUGGUACACGGCCAGACGCUUACAGGAUUGUUUUCGGAUUGCAUCUGAGAAGUCAACAGAAUAGUAACCUUGCUAAAAUUGUGCAGAGGUCGCCGAUAAAGGUUGUCCCACAUUCCGGGUACAGCAGUAAUACACUGAGAAAUGACAUCGCCGUGUUUGAUUUUGGAUCCAGUUUUACUAUGGACACUCUUGCGGGUACUUUUGCAUCACCUGCCUGUUUACCUGACGUAUUACACACCUCUAAUGAAGUAGCAAUUGUAUCUGGUUGGGGUACUAUAAGAGAAGGUACUUCGACUUAUACAGACCCAUUACAAUACGUGACAAAACACCUAAUGACAAAUGCUGAAUGUGAGCAGACAGGAAAUAAGGGUCAGAUUGACAGUACAAUGCUAUGCGCCGGUGAUGUAGGAAUUGACGCAUGUCAGGGUGAUUCGGGCGGUCCUCUUGUUGUAAACAGAAAUGGCCGUUACACCCUCGUCGGUAUGUAUACAAUCUUUCUCAAACUACCAGUUUUCAUUCGGCUUUAUAUAGAAUAUGGUAUGAGGCGCCUGAUAUAA